AUGGACCACUCACGCCUGCACCACUUCAUCAUCGCCUCGUUUCUCAACGACCAACGCCCGCCUAUGGUCAGCGAGAUAGCCGCCCAUUUCCAGACGGACACGACCGCAGCACGAGAGGCGCUUCGAGCUCUGGCAGACUACCACGGCGUCGUGCUGCACCCGCACUCGGACGAGAUCUGGGUCGCGCACCCCUUCUCCGCAGCGCCGACAACCUGCGUCGUCUCCUCUGCCGGCCGCAAGUGGUGGGGCAACUGCGCCUGGUGCUCGCUCGGCGUCAUGCACCUCGCCCGCGGCACGUCGUCCACCUUCACCACGAGGACCGGCGCCAUCGGUGACGAAGUGACCCUCAGCGUCGAGGACGGCCAGCUGCGCGAGACGGACUUCGUGGUGCACUUCCCGGUGCCCAUGCGCAACGUCUGGGACAAUGUCAUCUACAUCUGCUCGGUCCAGCUCCUGUUCCGCGACGAGGCCGAGGUCGAGGAAUGGUGUGCCACGCGGGGGAUCCCCAAGGGCGACGUCCGCCCCGUCCAGCAGGUCUGGGACUUUGCGCGCGAGUGGUACGGCCGCCACGCCGAUGCGGACUGGACCAAGUGGUCUCUGCACGAGGCCGUGGAGAUUUUCCGCAAGCAUGGCCUGACUGGGCCCACUUGGACGAUUGGAGACGAGUCUGGACGCUUUUGA